GUUAAUAGUUCAUUAACAAGUUUGUUAUGUGUUUGUUCCUGUCUCAGCAUUGUCAAGAGACAAAUCCAGAAACAUCAUGAUGUUACGACAUAACCUUGAAUGCUGACCUGCUUUGAAUGCAAAUUUUCUCAUGACAGUACAUUUGGUGAAUAAAGCAGAGCUCCUCCUACGUAAAGACUUCAGUUCUAAGGUCAUUUGAAAUUCAUUAAGCUAAGAAGCUGUUCAUUGAGAGAGAUUUCAGUGAUAGUGCAGAAGAAUUUGAUUAUAACUGGACACAUUAUUCACUUACAGAAUUUCAUCUGUCCUCUUGAGACCUGCAUUGGUGCUCCCAAGCAUAAUCUCACCCGUGAGCUUGCGUUUGGAAAAUAUAGAAGCCAAGAAGGUGGAGAAUGCAUCAGGAGGUUAUUGCUGUUCAUCAGUCAAGAGACAGUGAUAUUUAAGAUCAGGGUCAUGGCAGUGAAGAAGGAGUGAUAUGGAUGGAUCACAAAGAGUGGAAACUUCAAGGUAUUAAAUCUUAGAGAAAUGGCUUUUAUUCAUGUGAAUAUCAGAUGUCUAUAUACUCUUCUUAUUUGCACAGCAUUUGGCUCUACUUUGUCUUCAAAUGCCGAGAUAAAAGUUAAUCCUCCUCAAGAUUUUGAAAUAGUGGACCCUGGAUAUUUAGGUUAUCUCUAUUUGCAGUGGCAACCUCCACUGUCUCUGGAUAAUUUUAAGGAAUGCACAGUAGAGUAUGAAUUAAAAUACCGAAACAUUGAUAGUGAAAGCUGGAAGACGAUCAUUACUAAGAAUCUACAUUACAAAGAUGGGUUUGAUCUUAACAAAGGUGUUGAAGCAAAAAUACAUACACUUCUGCCAGGGCAAUGCACUAAUGGAUCAGAAGUUCAAAGUUCAUGGUCAGAAACUACUUAUUGGACGUUACCACAAGGAAAUCUGGAAACUAAAAUUCAGGAUAUGGAUUGUGUAUAUUACAACUGGCAGUAUUUACUCUGCUCUUGGAAACCUGGCAUGGGUGUCCAUUUUGAUACCAAUUACAACUUGUUUUACUGGUAUGAGGGCUUGGACCAUGCAUUACAGUGUGCUGAUUAUAUCAAGACUAAUGGAAAAAAUACUGGAUGCAGAUUUCCCUACUUGGAGUCAUCAGACUAUAAAGAUUUCUACAUCUGUGUUAAUGGAUCAUCAGAAUCCCAAUCUAUUCGACCCAGCUAUUUUAUUUUUCAGCUUCAAAAUAUAGUUAAACCUUUGCCACCAGACUACCUUAGUCUUACUGUGAAGAAUUCAGAGGAAGUUAACCUGAAAUGGAGCAUCCCCAGAGGACCUAUUCCAUCACAGUGUUUUAUUUAUGAAAUUGAGUUCACAGAAGAUGAUACUACUUGGGUGACUACCACAGAUGAAAAUGAAAUAUACAUCACAAGAACAUCAAAUGAAAGCCACCGAUUAUGUUUUUCAGUAAGAAGCAAAAUGAAUAUUUAUUGCUCAGAUGAUGGAAUAUGGAGUGAAUGGAGUGAUGAACAAUGCUGGAAAGGUGACAUAUGGAAGGAAACCUUAGUAUUUUUCUUGAUACCAUUUGCUUUUGUGUCAUUGCUUGUUUUGUUAAUAACUUGUCUGCUUUUGUAUAAGCAAAAAAAUUUACUGAAAAUGAUUUUUCAUACAAAAAAAGAAGCCUUUUCUCAUCAGGAUACACUCUGUUGACUCAAUAAAUACCAGUCUUACAGCCAAAUCUCAAACAUGAGUUCUAACCAAACAGAAUUUUUCCUAAAUGUUGAAUAAAUCUUAUUUUAAAAGCAUU